CCUCGGUUGCAGCAACCUUUGACGCUUCCCCUCGCUGGUGCUUUAAAUACAGAGAGGAGGAAGGCGGAGGGUCGCAGCUGAGCCAAAGCCCGGCAGCCCUCGGGACGGGGCCGUCGCCUUUCCUUGGUCUCGGCAUGUGGCUCAAGGCCACCAUCCUCCUCCUCCUCCUCCUCCUCCUCUUCCGGACCAGCCAAGGGAACCAGGAUUGCACUUUGAACAAGAGCUGCCCUUAUCAAGACAUGUACACGAGGACCCGAGAUGUCACAGAGAUCCCUAAGUCAGUAGCUCCCAUUAUCACCGAAAUGUUCUUUGUGGACACCAGCAUUGUAGAAAUCAGACAGGGAGCCUUCCUGAACAUGUCUAACCUAGUGAGAAUUGAAUUUAUAAACAGCAAGAUUAAAAGAGUUGAAGCAGGAGCAUUUGAUAACUUGGAGAAAUUGAUGGAUUUGGAAAUCACUGGGGCUGAGUUAGAGGAUCUCCCUUUGGGCACCUUCCGGUCCCUGGGUCGCUUGCGGAAAGUGAGCCUGAGGGACUCCCAGAUAAGAAGGAUUGAAAAAGGACUCUUCGAUAGUCUUGGGGACUUGGAAGAGAUUUAUCUGCAUUGGAAUGAAAUUGCGUCUCUCCCCGAUGGAGUUUUUGAUGGGCUCCCUAAACUCUCCUUGUUACAGUUGGGGUGGAACCAGAUUUCCAACUUCUCACAGGAUAUUUUCCAGCAGCUAACCCAGUUGAAGAUUCUCCGGUUGCAGAAUAACCAGAUAGGGAGUCUAGGGGAGGGGAGUCUGGACAGCCUGCAGGAGCUGGUGGAGCUCAAUCUUGAAAGCAACAGGCUCCAGAUUCUCCCGCCCAACUUGCUAAGACGGCUGGUCAAUCUGGAGAGGAUUUUUCUGGGCAAGAACUCGAUUGAAGUUCUCCCAGAUGAGAUCUUCCUUGGACUGAGAAAAGUGAAACAGCUGAAUGUGGCUUCCAACCACUUGAAAGCCUUCCCGCCCUUGGGGGCCCUAGGGCUGCUGAAGGAGCUGGACCUGAGCAGGAACAAGAUCUCCUCCCUGGAGAAUUUGGCGGUGGCUUCUCUCCCGUCCCUGACAACUCUUAAGCUUCAAGGAAACCUCCUGGAAACCAUCCCCACAGGUCAGCUGGACCAAUUGGGAAAACUCUCUUCCCUGUAUCUUGGAGACAAUCCGUGGAAGUGUGACUGUCACCUUCUCUAUCUUCAUCAGUGGAUAAACAUUAAUGCCAAAAGAAUAAAGGAUGCCAAAAAGUUAACCUGUAGAAGCCCAGGAGACCUGGCUGGCAAAAAAGUGAGCUCACUGUCAACAGACCAGCUGGUCUGUUUAACAGCCACACCUAUUUUAGCCACCUUCAAAACCACCCCGUUGCCCACCUCCACUUCUCCCACCCCAGCAAGGAGAAGUACAGCCGGUGCCUCAGCUGAGCCCCCCAUGCUGCAGGAGGCCACCACCACGUCUCAGGCCUCAGCCACAGUUCCUCAGACCCAUCCUACAAAAAGCACACAAAUCAUUACCAGCGGGCCUACAACCACCCCCACAAGCACCCAAACCCCAACUUCAAGCUCCCCCUUCACCCCCACUCAGAGUUCCACCUCAGCCAGGACAAGUCCUGAAAUCACAAGUCAUCAAGCCACAACUUCCAUAAAUUCUUCAACCACAAACAAAGAUACCAUAACUGUCUCUGAGAUUUCUUCCACAAUCCAUGAAAUAAUUUCCACAAAUACUCCAGCCACAACCAAAGAAGCCACAACUCUCACUGAAUUGCCAUUCACAACCCUUCAACACCCAACUUCCAUGACUUCUCCAACCACAACCAAAGACACCACAACUGUCUCUGAGAUUUCCACAACUCCUGAAAUAAUUUCCACAAAUACUCCAACCACAACCAAAGAUGCCACAACUGUCACCGAAUUGCCUUCCCCAACGCUUCAAGCCACAACUUCCAUGAGUUCUCCAACCACAACCCAAAGUGCCACAGCUGUCUCUGAGAUUUAUUCCGUAAGCCACCAGUUCACCUCUUGUACAGACACUCUGACCACAGACGAUGAACCGGGUACCCGAGCCACGGAAGCCUCUGUGCCCUGGGGCACUCCCACCAAGGUACGCCCCACUGCUCUAACUAACAUCAGCUCAGCAACAACCUAUGAACAGUUUACAGUCCCCAAGAGAUCCACAGAAAGCCAGGAUCCCCCCACUGGCAGUCCUGUGAUCGCCACAUCAUUCGUGUGUAGCUCCAGACACUCCGCGCCAGACCCAUCCACCAGGCAAGCCAUGACCAUGCCCGGCCCCACAGCCCCCAGGGUGACGCUGGCACAGAUGCCUGUUGCAGGCUCAGCCCUGGCACUUCCAUCUGCAGCAGAGCUCCCCUUUUGCCCUUCCUCUUCUCUCCCUUCUUUGCCCCCGAGUGUUGGGAGCCCCCUUUUCCCCAACCGCACUGCCCUUCUGCCACAGCACCAGGCCUGGGGCUCCCUGCUGAGCUCCAACUCCCUGUAUUGCCAAGUGUUCCUCUUGCUGUAUCUCUCCAUGCUCUCUGUGGCCAUCUUCUGUGCAGUCGUCUUAGGGCGCCUGGCCUACGUGCUCCACAAAGCCACGGAGUCGGUCCAGUUGCAUUCCAGGACAGUGAGAUUGGUGCACGUCAAGGCCAGGCGAGGGAGUGAGUGAAGGGUGGUGGCAGAAAAGCAGCCCAGCCAUCUCAGCUCUUGCCUCCUGGGACGUCCACUGACACCCAGGGCAGAGGGCCCUGCGCUGGGCUGCCUCUUAAUUCUGCCACCUUCUGGACCCCAAGGGAGAGGGCAGAUGGGGAAACUGAGUCUGCCAGCUGUAGCCCUACCUUAUCCUCUCCACGAUGUGGUGGGGCUAUUAUAAUGCACUUGUGGUAGUAAAAGGUCUCCCAUACCACAGACAUAGAACCUCUGAGAUGCCCCCUGUCCCACUACCUAUUAAUCCCCCCCCCCCGCAUCAGGAAACCUUUACAGCCAGCUGGAUGAACCCUGAGUGGCGACAAGAGGAAGACUGCUUCUAUUAUUAGCAUUAGGGGCAUUGGGGGCCCAGGGAAGCAGACUGCUUCUAUUCACUGGCCAGGUGUAUCUCGGAGCCUUCCUAAGGACGAGGUCACAGGGGUGGGUUUAUCUAAAACCGUUCAAGCCCAGGCUGUGAUUCCACUGGGUCUGCCUCUUCCUUUGCCAUGCAGCCUUUUGAUCCCCUUUUGGAUCAAGGCUCUCAGCAAGCGCCAAAACCGUGUGGAGGGCCCACUGCAUGCAUGCUAAUAAAAAGAGAGCGUUAGAUCUUCAAAGUGAUUUGGUUGUUUAGAGUGACUGCAGCCCACUGACUGUGGGGAUGGGGUUGAAGAGCACUCAAAAGCUUCGCUUGGUCCAAAAUACACCCACCUAAUUAUUGGCCAAUCCAAAUGUAGGAUCCCUGCGCCCUGAGCCCCCACUGGUGUCCAGCGGAGGGCAGUUCCAGGUGUUGGAGGGUCACCUGUGUGGGUUGAGAUGCAGUACCUUCAAGGCUACCCUCUCCUUUGGAUGGUAGGAGUUUACGUUUCCUCUGGUUGCCUUUUCUGUUUCCUGCGUUUUAUUGCUGGAAACCACCAAGAGUGUUGGGAGUGCAGAAAUACACUGAUAAAUAAACAAGCAAGCGCCUGGGAUUAAUCCCACCUGGGUGUUUUCUGCUGCUCUUUGGUGUCAGGCAAUCAAGGGCUUCCUGAGUGGAUCCAUCUUCCAGCUUGGCCCAACGCACAGAAUGCCCAGAAUUGUGUGUGGUUCCCACCCUGAAGCUGUUCUGAAAGGCUGAAACAGAACGGAACAGAAUAGAAAACAGAGUAGAAAAUAUAGAGUAGAACAGAAAAUAGAGCAGAAUAGAAUACUUUAUUUGGCCAACUGUUUGGGUUAGGAAAGCAGGUGAGCUCUGAAUUACUUCCUAUAGUUUUUCUGGACACUCUUCCUUUGCUCCUUUAUUCUGCUUUUUUUUAUAACAUAAGCACCCAGAGAUAUUGGGAGUGUGUCAGCACUUCAACCUGCAUUUACUCUAGUGCUGACAUAAGAAGGAGAAGAAGGGGCAGCUGACAAGAGGACGCUUGACAUUUCACCUACUUAUUUUCCUUGAAGAUAAUAUCCCCUAGGAGAUGAGAGGCAGGGGGGACAUUCCUGGGAGCUUAAGUAGUAGAUAUGGGGAGAGUGAUUUGGAAGAAGGCCAAUGAGACGCAGAGAUUUGGGGAACGGAAAGGGAGGGUUUGGGGUCAGGAAGUCAGAGUUGGCUACGCCACGAUCGGGGGCAGAUUGUCGUACUUAAUAAAAUGAAAAAUUUCUUCAAAGACUGUUUGGAAAUGCAAUUUAUUUUAUUUGAGACGAUAUCGAAACCUGACAGAGUGUAUUUGUUAUGUAAAAUAAGAUGUGUGCGUGAGAGAGAUCGAUAAUAAAACCAAUCUCUAAGCAUCCCAGGGUGGCUGGUUUUGCAGAGCCUACCAAGCCCUGGAUAACCAGCCUGAAACCUCUUCCGGGGCCCCUUUCCCACCUGGCGCCGAAGAGCGGAACCGGGGCAGAGCCCAGGACUUCUUGCAGAAACUUUGCCGGGCGAGGCGGCCUCCUGGGGAGGAAAAGUCCCCGCCAGACCAGCCCCAGGUAAGGCCGUCGGCCAAGGGGGCGUGUCAAGUAUUUGCAAGCCAUUGGCACAUGUAUCAUACAGACACUAGUGGAGGCAGAAAGUGCCCCCACCCCUAUGUGCAGAGGAGGGGCUUACACUGAGUAUAAAACCCCCUCUAACCUUUCCACCAAGCUCUCUUUUACGUUUGUUCUCCAGGAGACAUGAUCUUUGAUAGGGGUAGUCACACACGCUGUGUGCCCCCUAUCCUAAUGGAUAUCAAGACAGCCUUUGUAUAUAGUUAAUAUGUUUUGUUAUAUGAAUAAAUACAUUUAUCACAUUUA